AUUCAAACAAUUUAAACUCUGGUGCCGUGCGGUAGAGGAAGCAAAACACUGAAAAGCCAUGGAGUCCGAUCAGGAGGAUGAGGUCCCGAACGUUAACUUUGUGCCGAGUUUGUUGUUUGUGAAACGAGGCGUCGCCAAAGCUAAUCCGGACAAGGUCACACUGACGCCGGGCGAACUGGCACGGAUAAUUAACGACACGCGAGACGAUUUGGAGGAGGAUGGCGCCGAGGGUAUGGACACUUCCGAGGAUGAGGAAAACGAAGAAAGUACUGCCAGACUGACGGGUCGUGCCGAAACGGCCGAGGCAACUGGCGCUGGUUUAGGGCAGGCUGCUGGGGAUGAGUUCGGUUUUGAUGGCUACGAGCAGGAAUCCGGUGAGCCCGUGGUGCGACUGAGCUCUGUGGCGGUCGUCGAUCCGGAAGAAAAUAUCCAGGAUGAGGAUGACUCGGAUGCGGAAGAUGAGAUUAUCAAACCGACGGACAAUCUCAUUCUAGUCGGACAUGUUCAGAACGACACUGCCUCGAUGGAGGUUUAUAUUUUCAACGAAGGGGAAGGAAGUCUUUACGUUCAUCACGAUUUUCUGCUCCCAAGCCCCCCGCUGUGUAUUGAGUGGUUAAGCUUUGAUCCGGGCAGUGACAAAUCGGGCAAUUUGUGUGCCAUUGGAUGCAUGGACCCGGUCAUUACUUUGUGGGAUUUGGAUAUUCAAGACUCUUUGGAACCGGUUUGCAAGUUCGGAUCGAAGGGAAGUCGGAAAAAGAAUAAACCUAAGGUGGGCCACUCAGAUGCGGUGUUGGAUCUUUCCUGGAAUCGCAAUUUGGAACACAUCCUAGCCAGUGGUUCGGUGGACCAGACAGUGAUUCUGUGGGAUAUGGAAGACGGCACUCCACAUACCAUCAUCCGAGACUUCGAUGAGAAAGUUCAAACGCUAGCAUUCCAUCCGACGAAAGCGGAAGCCCUGAUGACGGGAAGCUGCGACGGCAUGGUCAAAGUUUUCGACUGUCGAGCGACAAACAACGACAGCGCCAGCUAUAAGUCGUGGAAUCUGGGCGGAGAAGUGGAACGAGUUUGCUGGAGUCAUCAUAAUGAGUACCACUUCGUGGCCAGCACCAACGAGGGCCGGAUUCAUUACGUGGACAUCCGCAAUGAGCACCCACUUUGGUCGAAGGAAGUCCACGAGAAGGAAAUCACCGGUCUGGUGUUGAGCUCGAAGGUGAGAGGAAUGCUGGCCACGGCGUCAGCAGAUGGGACAUUGAAGGUUUGGGAUUAUGACGAUCAGGACGCGCGAUUAACGUACAAGAAGAAUCCGAAGAUUGGGGUGAUCCAAUGUUUGGACGAAUGCCCGGAAAAUCCGUUCGUUCUGGCAAUGGGUGGCGAUUUGAAGACGAAGAACUUCAACGUUGUGAAUUUGUUGGAUAACGAUAUUGUGACGAACGUAUUUAAGUCGAGAUUUGAUCCAACUUAUGAGCGGCCGGCAACAGAAGGCGUGGAAGAUGCUUCCAUGAGUGGGGAUGACGAUGAGGACGAUGCUUAGAAGCUUGGUAGUUUAAGGUGCACACUUUUGUACAAUAAAAUUAAUGUUAAAUACGCAGCAAA